CCCUGUCUGGCAUUGUGCAAUACACUUGUUUUAUAGGAAUAAAAGAUAGAUACAUAUAUGGUUUCACCUUUAUAUAGUUAUAUGGCAUAUACAGUUUAACCUUUAACGAUGCUCUGGGAAUGGACACACUUGUAUAACCAGGGAUUCCUCAUUCACUAAGCCUAAGACGCUCUCUGUUAUAUCCACUGCCUUAGGCUGUUUUCUGUUCAGGGGACAUCUGGUUUGGAGAGUCUGAUCCUUUCUUUAGAAAGGCUUGAUUCUGUGAGAGUGAUUUAUUGGCUAUCCCAGUACACACUCAGUCCUGAUUCCCACACCCCAAAUGUCUCCUUUUCCCCCCUGAACAAGGAGGGCAGUUUCUUCAGUCUUCAAAAACGGGGUGACUUGUAUUUGGCUGGAGGAAAUGGUCAGCACAGGGUGGGUGUUGAUUCCAGGCUCACCGCCCUAAUACUAGGCUUCCAGGGGUGCUGCUUUGGCUCCGCCUCGGUAAAACAGGGGCAGCGCCUCCUGAUAACUGGCACACCUUGGCUUCCUCAGGCACAAAGGUCUUAAAAAGAUCGAGCUGAGGCAUCACAUCAAGAAAGCCUUUCUCCUGUUUUCAACUCUAGGGUGCAGCCGUAAUUCAAAACGGAAAACGAGCAACUUCAGGACAACUGGCACAGUCAACGUCUUCUGCCGCGGAGACUGCCGCACUAGCCAAUGAGCUCCUGCCACGUCACAGACCGCACCCUCCAGCCUGCCGCGGACUCCUCCACGCAUAGCUGACCCGGAGCUAAAGAUACUGCGCGGCGCCGGAUUCUGGCGUCACUUCCAUUACAGCGAUGGCGGCGCAAGGAGCAGCUGCGGCGGUUGCGGCGGCGACUUCAGGGGUCGUGGGGGAGGGCGAGCCUGGGCCCGGGGAGAAUGUGGCGGUCGAGGGGACCGCUCCGUCCCCUGGCCGCGUCUCUCCUCCGACCCCGGCGCGUGGUGAGCCGGAAGUCACCGUGGAGAUCGGAGAAACGUACCUGUGCCGGCGGCCGGAUAGCACCUGGCAUUCUGCUGAAGUGAUCCAGUCUCGAGUGAAUGAUCAGGAGGGCCGAGAGGAAUUCUAUGUGCACUAUGUGGGCUUUAACCGACGACUGGACGAAUGGGUGGACAAGAACCGGCUGGCACUGACCAAGACAGUGAAGGAUGCCGUGCAGAAGAACUCAGAGAAGUACCUAAGCGAGCUGGCUGAGCAGCCUGAGCGCAAGAUCACUCGCAACCAGAAGCGCAAGCACGAUGAGAUCAACCAUGUGCAGAAGACCUAUGCAGAGAUGGACCCCACAACAGCAGCCUUGGAGAAGGAACACGAGGCGAUCACUAAGGUGAAGUACGUGGACAAGAUCCACAUUGGGAACUACGAAAUUGAUGCCUGGUACUUCUCACCGUUCCCCGAAGAUUAUGGGAAACAGCCCAAGCUCUGGCUCUGCGAGUACUGCCUCAAGUACAUGAAAUAUGAGAAGAGCUACCGCUUCCACUUGGGCCAGUGCCAGUGGCGGCAGCCCCCAGGGAAGGAGAUCUAUCGCAAGAGCAACAUCUCUGUGUACGAGGUGGAUGGCAAAGACCACAAGAUUUACUGUCAGAACCUGUGUCUGCUGGCCAAGCUUUUCCUGGACCACAAGACGUUGUACUUUGACGUGGAGCCCUUUGUCUUUUACAUCUUAACUGAGGUGGACAGGCAGGGGGCCCACAUCGUUGGCUACUUCUCAAAGGAGAAGGAGUCUCCAGAUGGAAACAACGUAGCCUGCAUCCUGACCCUGCCCCCCUACCAGCGCCGUGGCUAUGGGAAGUUCCUCAUUGCUUUCAGCUACGAGCUGUCCAAGCUGGAGAGCACUGUAGGUUCCCCUGAGAAGCCGCUGUCCGACCUGGGCAAGCUCAGCUACCGCAGCUACUGGUCCUGGGUCCUGCUGGAGAUCCUGCGAGACUUCCGGGGCACACUGUCCAUCAAGGACCUUAGCCAGAUGACGAGCAUCACCCAGAAUGACAUCAUCAGCACCCUGCAGUCCCUCAACAUGGUCAAGUAUUGGAAGGGUCAGCAUGUGAUCUGUGUCACACCCAAGUUGGUGGAGGAACACCUCAAAAGUGCCCAGUAUAAGAAGCCACCCAUAACAGGUGGGUGGGGGGCUGCCCAGGGUGUGUGUGUAGGGGUGGGGGUAGGUGUGAGGACUGCUGGGAGCCAAGGCCUCCUUUUUGCUGUCACCUGAUCCCAAACCAGUCUGACCAGCUCCCAGGACCGAAGCCUGGGGCAGGCCACUCAUUCUUGGGCUUCCCUGCCCCGCCCCCGCCAGGACUCAGUCUGCCCUUGUUCUCACCUCGGGGUGAAACCUGGCCUGGGCCCAGGGCAGAGCAGCCAGUGUGAGCGGGCCGGGCCCGGGGGCCCAGUCCUCCUCUCACGCCUCUUCUCCCCGCAGUGGACUCUGUCUGCCUCAAGUGGGCACCCCCCAAGCACAAGCAAGUCAAACUCUCCAAGAAGUGAGCGGCCUGUGCCCCCGCUGCUGGACCUGUGCCUCCUUGCCCCUUAGCCUGUAAAUAUGUACAGACCGGUUUCAUCAUUUUUUUUUAAUAAAGUAAGUUCUGCUGG